UCUGCAUAGCACUGACGUCAUCUUGCUGACAGUGCAGUGAUGAAUGUUGACAAGAAAUCAGGAGCAUCUACAGUAGAUCACACCAUUACUCAAGAGUGAAGCACAGAGAAGGCACUGCGCGCCACAGAUGAGAGAUGGCCUUCAGCCAUGGUCAAAGUAUGUUAGAAUCAGAUCCUUUCUUCAGUGGGUUCCCUGCGUUCCCUGAGAUGGGUUUCCCGAGGCACCAAGCACUCGGCGAUGGUGGCUCCAGACACCUGGCUCAUAGGAGAGAUCCAUUUACCUCCAUGAUGUCUUUUGGAAGAGAUGAUCCAUUUGCUAGAAUGCACUCAAUGAUGACUGGGAUGAUGCACGGUGGGAUGCAAAGUGGAAUGAUGCAGAGUAGCCCCAAUGGUCACUGUUACUCCUCUUCAUCUGUCAUGCACUACUCUAGCGGCGGGAAUGGGGGACAACCCAGGGUCUACCACGCAACCAGCUCAACCAGACAAGCUGGGGGGAUCAAGGAGACGAGGAAAAGUGUCCGUGACUCAGACAGUGGGCUACAAAAGAUGGCCAUCGGACACCACAUCAAUGACCGUUCACACACCAUAGAGAAAAGGAUCAAUACUAAGGCUGACACCAAGGAGGAGCAUCAUGAGUUGAUCAAUGUAGACGAAGAUGAUACACAUCAAUUUGACCAAGAAUGGCAGAAAAGGUCCCAUCAAGCCAGUAUCCGACUCCACCCCUCCCACCACUCCAGAACUCUUCCCUCACUAGACAUGCCUACUGACAGAGGCCAUGCCCACAGACAUCAUCCCUACGGCGUACCCCAGCAUCGCAGACCACCCACUAGCCGCUUGGAAUCCCUGGGUUCAGACCUCGGUCCAUCUGCUCAUGGCUCAGGGAUUGGUCAGCCCAGUAAGAAACAUGACAGUCCAUUAGCUGGGGAACAGAGAAGACACAAGAAAGUCAAAGGUGCAAUGAAGAAAGUCCACUUUUGAACUUUACCUACUGAGUCGUACUGACACUCGCGUUGUGUUUACAUGUAUGUCCUUUGUUACACAAUAGUACAAUGUUUACAUGUUCUGUAUCCAUUUUGCUGUACAGUACUCAUUUGCGUCAUUGAAAUAGUGCCUUUUCUUGUACAAAUCGUGUAACUUCGUUA